UUUUCUUUUGUCUAUUCCUAAUCGCGUAAUCAAAUCAUUCACUUAUAUAUUUUACUUAGGUUGAACUGCAAAUUUUGUAUCAAAUAAUCAAUUUUAAACUGUCGCAAUGGGUGAUAAAAGUACCGAGGAUGAUCGUCCUGUGCUAGGAACUUCAGAUGAACUCGACAGUCCUAGAAAACGUAUGCGCUUGGACAAUUCGGCUCGUAAAGGUUGGAGUUUAACUGAUCGAAAGGCAGAUCACGAGGUUCUACAAGAGAUGGGUGUCAGUCUGCUAGAUCCUGACGACUGUGAGGCGUCUGACGUGGCCAGUUUUGACAACUUGCAUCAACACAAAGCGCAGAAGAGGAAACGAGAUAUUGAGAAUGUUAACCCCAACGUGAACUCAAUGUCUCCGAGGAAACACAGCCCCAAAAGCCCCAGGGUCAAGGUGAAGGUCUGCAGCCCCAGUCCAGGGCCCUCGAGGAUUAGGAGUCCGAGGAGUUUGGAGAAAGUGAAACUUGUCCAGCAUACAGACCUGGAGACCUCGUUGAUAGACGAGUUCCUCGCGGAGGAGGAGACCCCGCUCGCUCAGUCGGUGACGGCCAAGUACGGAGACAUACCGCAUAGUGUGGGCUUCGGUGCCGGCAGCGCCACCGGCGGCAAGAAGACGGCGCGGCUCACCCCAUUAGGCUUGGAAGAGGAGCUGAUAAUGACCAGACGUACAAAAUGCGAGCCCCUGGGCGCUGACUCGUUCGACGUACUCUCCGAUGAGAUGAUACUCAGCGUCUUCAAAUGGCUCCCGAAGCGGACGUUAGCCAAUUGCAUGCUGGUCUGCAAGAGGUGGUACAGACUGGCGUGCGACGAAACGUUAUGGCAACGGUUGGACUUGGGCAAUAAAACAUUGUCCAAAGAUGCGUUGGGCAGGAUUCUAGCGAGGAAACCCGUGGUAGUUAGGCUAGCUAGUUCAGAGAUUGGUGAAUGGCUUACCAGUACACCGACACCGUCUCGCAUACAGUACUUGGAUCUGAGCAUAUGCACGAUAGACUUAGACACGUUAGACAGUCUAAUGGCGUGCUGUCCGGCGCUCAGGAAGUUGUCCCUGGAGAACGUACAGCUUAGAGACACCACAUGUGAACUUAUUGGUAAAUGUAAAAAUUUGGAGACACUAAAUUUGACGAUGGCACAAGGCAUCACGGCAGAGGGUCUCAGCUAUAUACUGAAUGGAUGCCAAAAUAUGCUGUCGUUAAAUUUGUCGUGGUGCGGCCUAACUAAGGCGGCGCUGGCUGAACUGCUGGGUCCUGAUGAGGAGGAAGACCCCGAAGACUCAAGUUCCGAAGUGUGCAGGGUCCAGCCUGACAAAGUCCUACCGCGGCUCCAGCGACUCAGUCUCGCAGGCGCUAGAGUACUCUCUGAUGACAUGAUACACCGACUGACGCAGCGUUUCCCACAUCUGCUCGAGCUGGACCUGUCAGACUGUGCUGCACUGAGCAGCAAGGCAGUACACUAUCUACACAUGCUGCCUCGACUACAUCACCUCGCGCUCAGCCGGUGCUACCUACUGCCUCAGGCGCUGCCCAAAGUAGUGAACAUGCCAGCAUUACAGUUUCUGGAUGUAUGGGGCAUGCUGCCCAGCAAAUCGCUGAAUGCGCUUAAAGAAGCCAUGCCCUCCAUACAGAUCAAUCAAUUUAUGUUCAGCGCGAUAGCCCGACCGACCGUCGGCCAACGGCGAACGUCGAUAUGGGGACUCCGGACAAGAGACUGAUUGUAGUGUAAAGUUAAUUAAAUUAUUCAAUUUAGAUUGUAAAUAUUUAUGUCCCAAUUGAGAGUUACAUGAAGUAUGAUGCCGGUGCGACUAGUCGCAAAGUCGCACGACUAGUCGCGCACUCGUUAAAGUCGCAGCUACGUUUUAUGUGGCGUGAGCGUUUGUUGAGAAUAUUGAGAAUGAACGCACUUUGUAAUAGGUGUGGGUAAUAUCUAUAUAUUGCAAUAUCUAUAUAUUACAAUAUCUAUAUUUUUUUAAUAUUCGUGUGUUGCAAUAUCUAUAUAUUACAAUAAGUAUAUUAUAUCUAUAUAUUAAAUAUCUAUCUAGUACCUAUAUAUUGCAAUACUUAUAUAGCGCAAUAUCUGUAUUCUGCAAUGUCUAUAUUGUACAAUAUCUAUAUAUUGCAGUACCUAUAUAUUCCAAUUACUAUAUUAUGAUAUCUAUAUAUUACAAUAUCUAUAUAUUGGAUCACUAACGAAUAUGUUAAAAGUCUUAAAAAAUAAUAUAAAAUACCAGACCUUUAACAUAUUCGUAAAUAGAUAUCCGACCGAUAUGGGCGAUAUCGAAAUGAUUGAUGAUUUCCCGCCAUCAAAGUCCAGAGAGACCCAAUAUAUAGAUAUCAGAUCGGCAUCCAUGUUACCCAUGCCUACUUGUGAUCGCGUACAGUAUAAAUGAAGCAGAUUAACAGCGAAUAAAAGAAAUCCUGAAUCAAAUUGUAACAUUUUUUUUUUUUUAUAUUUUGUAAUAUUUGAAAAUUGUAUCAGAGAAAAGAAUUUUUAUUUAAGUAGUAAAUUUUAAGUGUUUUAUAA